AUGACAAUAAAUGUGAAUACAACCAAAAUAUUUAUUGAGCAAUCUCCAACAGAAUCAUCGUAUGAUGCAUAUAAUGACAAUAAAGACAUUAUAUGGCCUACAGUUGUUGGCAUUUUUGUAACAUUAGCAUUAGGCUGGAUGAUAUGCCGUUAUAAAUGCUCAUCAAAAGAACGAUCACCACAUAGUGUUAGAUGUUGUCCUAAAUCAUUAUGUAAAAAUAUUCGAUUAUGUUUUACGUACAUAUUUGGACUAAAACAUGAUCAGCAACAAGAUCUUAAUUCUCGGAUACCAAUGAAUAGUAAUAAAGCAAGAACAUCUGCUAAUAGUCUACAAGAAAUUCCAUUUCUUGUCGAUCGAUCAUCAAUUAAUCGAUCAUCCUUCUCACAAGUACAUCAACAAUGGCCACCACCAUUUGUACUUGAUCAGUUACCUUCGUUUCCCUUGUCAAUAACAGUUCAACCAACAAUUACAUCAUCGCCACCAAAACGACAUCCAUUACGUCGUGAUUCGACACUAUAUGGACUAAAUAAUGAACGACGAGAAUCCUCAUUGUGGCCAUUUCGUACGAUUAAUGCAGUAUUUCAUAAACAAACGAGUGAAAUAAAAGAAAAUGACCUUUUUCUUAGCUCUUGA